AUGGAUGUCCCUGAGCCGGAUCAAACACCUUUCAAUGCCGUUCAGGCUCAGACUUCUAAGCUUGCCAGGCAAUACCAAGCAUACUUAGAUCAGUUGACACCAUAUACCGCAUACCGAUGGAUCGGCAGCGUCGUUCUGCUUCUCUUUUUCUUCCUCCGAAUUGUCCUUGCGCAAGGAUGGUAUAUCGUCGCAUACACCCUCGGCAUCUACCUCCUCAACCUCUUCCUCGCCUUCCUCUCGCCCAAAUUCGACCCUUCCCUCACCCAAGAUGAAGGCCUCGAAGACGGCGAAGCCGGUAGCUCGUCUCUACCCAUCAAACAAGACGACGAGUUCCGCCCCUUUAUCCGCCGCCUGCCCGAGUUUAAAUUCUGGCACUCGGCCACUCGCGCAAUUGCGAUUUCGUUCGUGUGUUCGUGGUUCAAGGUUUUUGAUAUCCCGGUGUUUUGGCCGGUGUUGGUUAUGUAUUGGUUGAUUUUGUUUUUCUUGACCAUGCGACGACAAAUUCAACACAUGAUCAAAUAUCGCUACAUUCCAUUCAAUAUCGGCAAGACCCGAUAUGGACGUGAUUAA